UAACCAAAGUUACUGGUUAUACAAACCAAACUAGUGAAACCACGAAAUCUUUAUACUAAUCAAUCUAUUGUUCUUUUUCUUGUGUCCAGUUAUCUUGUUUCAUUUUAAUAUAAAUAAACUUACAGAAUCAUGGCUAAACGUCCAGGAGAUGAGUUCACUACUGUUGGUGCUGUUGUGCCACUCAAGAAGGGUCGUAAUGAAUUGGUACAAGCAGUGGAUCCCUCUAAAAGCAGAGCAGUUGUCGAAAUGGGUCCACCCAGGACGUCUAGUUUAUUUGCCCCCAUCAUGCAGUUAUCUGGACAUCAAGGAGAGGUCUAUUCUUGCAAAUUUCAUCCUGAUGGAAGAGUCAUUGCAUCAGCUGGCUAUGAUCGGCAACUAUAUCUCUGGAAUGUGUUUGGCGAGUGUGAAAACUUAGCCGCUUUGCAAGCACAUAAGGGAGCCAUACUAGAUGUUCAAUAUUCUGUUGAUGGAACCAAUAUUUUUACCGCAAGCACAGAUAAAACAAUUAUCAUGUGGGACUCUAAGACUAUGACUAGGGUUAAAAAGAUGAAAGGCCACUCUAGUAUUGUUAACUCAUGUCAUGCUUCUAGGAGAGGUCCACAACUACUUGUAAGUGCUGGUGAUGAUUGUAACAUAAAAAUUUGGGAUCUCAGAGACCGUAAAUGUAGUCAAACCUACAAAGAUAAAUAUCAAAAUUUGGCGGUUACCUUCAAUGAGAAUUCAGAUCAAGUUAUUUUCGGAGGGAUUGAUAAUCUCGUCAAAGUUUACGACAUGAGGAAAGGAGAAAUUCUGUAUUCUAUGGUUGGUCAUUUUGAUAGCAUAACCGGACUUUCAUUGAGUCCUGACGGAUCUUUUGUUUUAUCUAAUGCAAUGGAUAAUACUUUAUGCAUUUGGGAUAUUAGACCUUUUGCUUCUAAAGAAAGGUGUACAAAAACACUACAGGGUCAUCAACAUAACGCAGAAAAGAAUCUAUUAAGAUGUAGUUGGUCUCCCGACGGAACUAAAGUUAGCGCUGGAUCAGCCGAUCGACAUGUAUAUAUUUGGGAUACUCAUUACAGAAGAAUUUUAUAUAAACUUCCUGGACAUCAUGGAGCAGUUACUGAGGUUGUUUUUCACCCUUCUGAACCGAUAGUUUUAUCUGGUUCAAUUGAUAAAGAACUGUAUUUAGGAGAAAUCGAGCCUUAAAUUUAAAUCCAUCAUCAUUAGAAAAAUGAGCCUAUUUAAAAGUGAGUUUAUUUAACUAACUUACACCAGCAAAACCACCAUGCUUAUUUGACGAAUUGGGGAAAAUGUCCCAUAACCCUUUUUUGUACCUAUAAAAUAUACUUUGAUUAUGAUAAAUGAAAGGUUUGAAAAAUUA